AUGAAUUUCUUCAAACGCCGUCAGCGGGAUGAACCCACGCAACGAACCACUCAUCGACGGGAGAAGAGAGGACCGAUGGUUAUGAACAUGAACACCAGGCCAUCCUUUGGUCAAUGGUUGAAGGUGACAUGGCUCGAUAUCGUCACUAUGGUCAUUAUGGGCGUGAUCGGUCUUGGAGUCUAUGAGGCACAUCCAGCACCAUCGAGGUCAUUUCCUGUGUUCUUCCAAGAUUGCGAGAUAGUAUAUCCUCAAUUUGCCUACCCAAUGCGGAACGAGAUCGUACCUAUUUGGGCUGCAGCGCUUCUCGGCUCUCUCGUCCCGAUCGCUGUCAUCCUCAUCUGCCAAAUUCGAAUUCGAUCAUUUUGGGAUGUCAACAACGGCGUCAUCGGUCUUCUAUACUCUUUGAUCACUGCUGCAGUCUUUCAAGUGUUCUUGAAAUGGCUCAUUGGUGGUCUGCGACCACACUUCCUCACUGUUUGUAAGCCGGACAUUCCUGCCAUUACAGCACAAGAGACUGGCAAUGGGCUGAGACAGAUUAUGUAUGAUCGAACAAUAUGCACUGGCGAUCCGGAUGAGAUUGAUGACUCUCUCGAGUCGUUCCCAUCAGGUCACUCGACUGCUGCCUUCGCCGGCUUCGUCUUCCUCUACCUUUAUCUCAACGCAAAGCUCAAGGUCUGGUCAAACUAUCACCCAGCAAUGUGGAAGUUGAUUGCAACAUAUGCACCUAUCCUUGGUGCUAUCUUGAUCGCAGGUGCAUUGACCAUAGACGAGUAUCACAAUUGGUACGACUGUCUUGCCGGUGCUAUCAUUGGCACCGUCAUGGCAUUUAGUUCGUACAGGAUGGUGUAUGCUUCAAUUUGGGACUGGCGAACCAACCACAUUCCAUUGAACAGAGCGGUACCCUUCCCAGGUGCUGGAGCCGAACUCGAGAAUGCCGUCUUUACUCGUCAAGUUGGUUGGGGUAUGGGCAAUGGCCAUAUGAAUGAGAAGAACGUUCUUGGUCACGGCAAUUACAAUGGUGGCGUUGCUCCUAGUGGCAGUGGUUAUUCAAACAGCCCUUCUCGAAAGCCACUUCCAUCAACACAUCACCACGGGCAUCAUGGCGCUGAAAAUAUGGUCUGA